UUUCAGAUGGCAACACGAGGUCGAGCAUCGGGAGGCAAACGUCCUGUUUUGCCAAACCUUGCACUUGCAGGCAAACGAGAGGAAAAGUCAAGUACACCAACACAACCGAAGAAAAGGAGAAGCGACCGAGGUGAACGGCGAGGUGGUCGUGGUCGGGGACGAGGCGGACACGGUGGGAAAGAUCGUCCAGCUCUAAUUGAAUCAGCUGGAAUCUUCUCUGAAGGAUUAAGCGGUGCUGACCCUGGCCAUCGAAAGAUCAAAGAUGAACCAGAUGUCAGCAUCACCCGGAUCAAAGAAGAGGUCAAAUCUGGAACAAUGCCUGGUGAAGGUUAUCAAGUCAGUUAUGAAGAAAUCUGGGAAAGUGAUGAGGAGGCCGACAUGCAAGAGCUCAGCGAGCUUUUCAGAGAGGGAUUUAUUUCCGAUUUAAAACAUGGAACUGUGCUGCCGCAUGUCCUUCCGCUAGAACUUCAACCACAAUUUGUUGAUCUCAUGCAUAAGGACGUGCAGCAAGGGAUACUGGAUGAAGAAGAUGAAGUGAAAGCUGAGAUAGAGUUGGAUAUCAAAGAUCACAUCUUACCAGAAGAAGGCGAUGAUCAAGAGACUGGAGAGAGUCGUGAGAGUCCAACUGGUAAAAGGAGCAGGAAGGCUGGUCGAAUACUCAAAAGUCUUGACAAAGAAACACGGGAAAAUGAUCUCUUCAUGAUCCAGCUUCCAAGCAUCUUGAAAGUCAUAAGUCAAGAAGCUCCAUCAGAAGACAAGCUCAUCUUCCCCAGUGAAAAAACAAAUGGUGAUACAAAGUUCAUGCACACCAAUGGUGCUAAUGCUUCUGAAAAGCCUACGGUAGAGCAGUUGAAGCUACCGGCUGGUCGCAAAAUUGGAAAACUUGUGGUGACACGAGGAGGUCGCGUGUAUCUCCGAGCCGGUGGUCACGUCAUGGAUGUAGCUCACACAGCAUCGGAGAAUCAGCAUCAGGGCGUUAUAAUGAUUGAGACGGCAAGAGACGUGCAUGCUAUGCAAAAUGGAUGUAGUCGGUUUGGGGAGCCAAUGUAUAGGGAUGGUACAAACGCUGUUUACUACUUGGGACAAGUACGACAUCAUUUGACCGCAUCUCUCGACUGGAAGCAACUUCGGCCAAUCGGAAUGGAAAAACCCUCAUCAGUGCCAACUGAAGCGAUGGUGUCCCCAUCGAGAACGGCCAAACCAGUGGACUUGGAGCGUAUGCAGCGAGAGCUUACUGAAAUACAGAAACAGAGAGUCGCUGAUAUGACGGCAGCCCUCAAGCGAUGGAACAUCUCCUAGCUUCAAAUGGUGUGAAGUACCACUUCGAUCUCCUUCACUGCGACCAAUGUGUCUUGUAAAAUUUUUUUUUUGUAUUUGUUUGCGCUAGGUUCUUUGCUUCAAUUCUUUCCCAUCAUUAAGGUGACUUUCCCCAUAGAGCUCUAUCUGUUUUUGUUAUAUGUGCAGUUGCCCGUCUGUUGACUUAUAAGAUUGUUAUUCUGUUAUGUAGGUUACCGUUAAACUUUCACUUCUGUGGUUUGAUUUUUGCUUGCUAUACUUUUGAUAUUUUUCGAAUUAGCUCGUUAGACC